GGCUCCGGUGUGGAUCUAGCUGGAUACCACGAGCUAUGUUCAACUUUGAUCCAAAUAAUUGAUAGGAAAGUGCAGGCAACAUCUACGCAGAAUGGUAACUCGUCUUAGUUCUUCUGCAUAUCUAACAGGAUAGCAUUCGAGCUCUGCACAACUUCAACCAGAUAAUCAAGCUAACUUUCUUCUUCUCUACUUUUUUUUUUGUGUCAAUAUAAUUUUUUCUUUCUGCUGAAUCUUUCUCUUUCUCUUUCUCUCUCGGUUGUAUACUGAUCGAUGUCAAUUUAUCUGCAGAUUAGAGGAAAGUUGUGUGAACAAAUAUUAUUAUUAUUAUUAUUAUUUGAACAAGUUUAAUUGUGAACAAGUAGAUCUGAUAUAUUCUUCUUUGAUCCUUUUUCUGUUUGUGUUACUAUUUUCGUUUUUUCUAAGAUCUCGGCUAUUAUAUGUGUUUUUUUAGGAAGUUGAAGAUCAUAAAUAAUUAAUAUCUAGUUUAUCUUAAAUCAUUGAUAGAUAGCUGAAGCUUUGUUUCAUUUACCUUUUGUUCCUGGUGACCAGAGUAAGUUGUCUGAAUAAGUUUAAUUUCGGUUAACAAGUAGAUGUUCCCCUUUUGUUCGUUUACCUAUUCUAUUGCAGAUUUGUUUCUGAGAUCCCAACUACUGUGUGUUUCUUUUAAUAGAUGAAAGAUGAUUAUGAAUAUUAUCUAAUUUAUCUAAAUCAUUGAUCAAUAGCAGCAGCUAUGGACGUAGUCUCGCCAAUAAUGGAGAAGGCAGGUGCACGUUGUGUUAUCAAUAAACUAAUUGAUGCAGCCACCACUUAUGUGCGAGAUCAGUACUACUGGAAAACUGACUUGAAAGAAGAAUUGCAAAGCCUGAGACGCUUACUUCCUCAGAUCGAAGCAGUAGUUGACUUUGCCGAACAUAGAUUGACUAUGUAUGAAUCUUCUAAUCGAGCAUUAAUGGAGUGGUUGUGGCAGUUCAGGAAUGGGAUCGAGGAGGCUGAAGAAGUGCUAGAUGAGUUAGAAUAUCUUGAGCUGAAGAAGAAAGUUAACCGUGACAAAAAUAGGCUUUCUUUAACAGUUGAUGCUUCUGUUAAAACUGCAAAAAGAUUACUGAAAUUUGAUGAUGUUCUUGAGAGAUUAAGGACAUGUGUGAAGAACUUGAACACCUCUGCUUCAGACGUCCAGAAUUUUCUAACACUGGUGACACAAAAGGAUGGUAACAGCAAUGGACAAAUGCAGUGUUAUCUUUCAAGUAGAAUCACCAAUCCUUUGCCUGUAUUAUCAUUCAAGGGGCGUGAGGAAGAAAAAGGGAAAAUCAUCCGGUAUUUGCUGGGAGAGUCAGUGGAAGAAUCCAAAAUUCAGAUGAGUGAGAAUGUGCAUUGCCUUCCUUUGGUAGCGAUGGGUGGUAUGGGGAAGACUGCGCUCGCUAAACAAGUCUUUGAUCAUUUUGAAAACGUGAAGAAGGAACACUUCGACAUCAAAAUCUGGAUAUGUGACUCCUUACCUAAUCUCGAUGCAUCAAGUCUUAUGAAGAAAAUUCUAAAGUACUUAACCUGCCAAUCUGAAUCUGAUCCAUUAGAACUAGUGGCAGUGAAGCUCAAGGAGAAGUUACAUUCCAAAAGAUUUUUACUUGUGCUAGAUGAUGCUUGGGAUGACAAAAAUCAGACAGAGUGGGACAAACUAUGUGAUCCAUUACUAUAUGGCCAAAAGGGUAGCUGGAUAUUAUUAACUACUAGAUUGAGAUCAGUUGCGAAGAUAGUCUCAAAAGUAAUCAAAAGAGGCACAAUGGAGCCAAUGAUAUUGCAGGGCUUAUCAAAUGAUGCAUGUCGUUCACUCCUCUAUGAGCAUGCGUUUGUUGGUCGAGAUCCAAAUGGAUUCCCACUACUUAGAGAAAUUGGCGAAGAAAUAAUAGAGAAAUUGAAAGGUGUACCUCUUCUAGUAAAGUCAAUUGGAGGAGCAUUGAAUAGUAAAUUGGAAGCAGAUCACUGGACAAGCAUUUCAAGAAGUGAAUUAUGGAAAAUGCCACAAGAUUCAAAAUACGAAUUCAGUCCAGUUCUAACACUCAGUUAUGUGAUGCUUCCACCGCGCUUGAAGCGGUGCUUUUCCUAUUGCGGCAUAUUUCCUCAAGAUUAUAGGUUCAACAAGCAAAAGUUAGUUUGCAUGUGGGUGGCAGCAGGCCUAAUUUAUUCGGAAGAAUCAGAGGCGGGCUCAGAUGAAGACAUAGCUAACUGCUGCUUUGAUAUGUUAUGCAACAAAUCUUUCUUUGAUGUUCAUAUCUAUGGUCAGAUUUGGAGUUCAUUUUGGGAAAGAAAUUCUCUCUAUGAUUUAGAAGAAGACUAUUACACCAUGCAUGAUAUGCUCAGUUGUCUUGCUUGUCAUGUCUCACGCUAUGAAUGUUGUAAAAUUGUGCAUGACGCUCCAAGUUGUAUUUUGGAUUACAAUGCCGUCCGUCAUUUAUCUAUUACCAGUAACCUUGUUCAACUCCAUGAUCUAGCUAAGAUGGUGUGCAAAUUCCAGCACUUGCGAACCCUUUGGAUAGAGGAUGAUGGGAACCAUCAACAAUUUCAUGAAGUUAUUCUAGAUGCUUGUAAAUCGCCAAGAAGAAUUCGAGUAUUGAUCAUGGAGUCUAAUUAUUCCAGAAUAUCUUAUCCGUGUUUGGAAAGGAUAAGUGACUUUGUAAAACUACGAUUUCUUGAAAUGUCACGUUUUUCAGGACCACCAUCACUAUCAAAAUGUAAGUUCUACUUCUUACAAGUUCUAAUUGGAUACAAUGUCAUUCCGACAAAAGAUGCAAACAAGUUGACCAACUUAAGACAUUUAUACAGAGUACAUCAUGAUGCACUUUUCUCAGUGGCAAAAGUAGGAAAGUUAACAUCCCUCCAGGAAUUAUGCUUCACUGUGGGCACAAAACCUGAAUAUAGAAUUGAUGAGUUGAUGAAUAUGGAUAAUCUCCAUCAAUUAACUAUUCAGCAACUUUCCAAUGUGCGGAGUCAUAAGGAGGCUAGUAUGGUCAACUUGGUCAAGAAACGUCAUCUCACAAGACUGGCGCUGAACUACUGGUUUGGAGUAAGUAAUCCUGACGGAGUAAGUAAUUCUGACAUUGAUCAUCAGGAGAUUUUGGCGGCUCUACAACCACCUCCCACAAUUAGAGAACUUAUAAUUACAGGGUACAAAGGUGGUAGGCCUGCUCCAUGGAUGGAUACUUCAUCUCUUUCUCGGCUCGAAUAUCUUCAACUGCAUACUUGUACAAGUUUAGAAGAGUUGCCCCCUCUAUGGAAGUUGCCAUGCCUUAAGUUUCUAAAAUUGCAUGACAUGAAAGCUAUAAGAAGUUUGGGUUGUCACUUUUCCAAUCAGAUGGACAUACAAUUUCCAGUUUUAGAAAAUCUUAUAUUUUAUGCCCUUCCACUCUGGGAGGAAUGGAAUGGUGUGGAUAGUCAUAUAUGGUUCCCUCAUCUCAAAAGAUUUGAAAUUUAUCACUGUCCCAAACUAAAGAAAAUUCCUGACCUUCCAUUGUCUAUAGAGAAUCUCAAAAUGGAAUAUUUGGGGUUAGAAGCUCUUCCACAUUCCUAUAAGUGUUCUAAUGGUACUAGGACAUUUGGAGGAUUUCAACAGCUGAUGUCCCUCGAGUCCCUUCAUAUUUAUCAAUGCCCAGGGAUUGUACAGAUUGGAACAAUUGGUGAAGAGGAUGAUAAUCUCCUUCCGUCGUCACUGAAACAACUUGGACUCGGAGGAAUUUUUGUGGAGCACAAAUAUUUAGCAAGUUAUCUACGAGGUCUUACUUCGCUCACUCACUUGUCUUUAAGUUGUUCACGGGGCAUGACAUCACUUCCUUUAGCAAAUGAGCUGGAACAUCUAACUACACUUCAACACUUGCGUAUUUGGGGUGGUGAAGCCUUCAUUUCGCCUGGAGGCUUAUAUAUUAUAAAAUCUCUUAAAUCUCUGGAGAUUUCAAAUUGUCCAAAAUUCCUCUCUGCUGAGGCUGAGUCACGGGAAUUUUUAAAAGACAAGCCAACGAAGCAUGCAGUAUCAUCUUCCUUAGUUUUUGAUCACUCUGCAAGUAAUAAAGCUACUAGCAUCCUUCCCUCCUCUCUUGUAUCCCUAAAACUAGAAAACUCUGACAUUUUGCAAGAGUCAUUGGGUCGCUGCCUUCAAGGCCUUACCUCCCUCAAAGAGUUGCAAGUAUCAUAUUGCCAUCAUUUGGUGUCUUUUCCUAACAUAGAGUAUCUGCAUAAUCUAGCAGCGUUUGAGACAUUGGAUAUUUCUAAUUGUAAAGAAUUAUGUGAAUUGGAGUCAUUGACAACACUUGCCUCCCUCAGAGAAUUGUAUAUUGAGCGCUGCCCUAAAUUACUCACUACAACAUUUUCCACUCUACAAAAUCCUGCAGCAACAACAGAACAAAGUGCCACAAAGAAAAAGAAGGGAACAUUACCUUCACUUGAACAUAUUUAUAUGGACGAGAUCUUCUAUCUACCAAUUUUGCCCAUUCCAGAAAGGCUAAAUUCCCUUUCUAUCGACAACAUCUUCAUGGGAAAUUCACAAGUUUUCCCUUGUUUCCCUUCUGAGAUAGAGGAGUGGUUGUUGCAAUGUCGGGAGUCUCUGGAAGUUUUAGAAUUGGGACAGAUGCCUCAUCUGCAAUCUUUACCCGCAAGUUUGGAGAGCUUUUCAUCACUCAGGUCUCUUAGAAUAGAUUUUAGUCCAGAACUCAAGUCACUGUCCAGGAUGCCUACCUCACUGAAGAUACUGAAGAUAUAUGGAUGCAGUGCAAAGCUUAAGAAGCGUUGCCAAGAGAACAUCGGUCCUGAUUGGCCUAACAUCAGUCACAUCCCUGACAUUCAUAUUAUAGUGGGUAAAGACGACAAGGACGAGGCUCAAGUCAAUUGUAAUUGUGUUAGCAGCAGGCUUUGGAGUUCCAGAUGAACAUUAUAUAUAUAUAUAUAUAUAUAUAUAUAUAUAUAAUACCAAGCACAGGACCUGGUCAUUCAUCAAAAGGUCAAGUUACCAAGCAUAGGACCUGGUCAUAUCUUUGUUCAAUUCAUUUUUAAAAAACACCGUAUGCACUAUCAAUUCCAAAGGUAAUAUACAUCUUUUUAUGUUAAUUAAGUGAAAAUAUUCAAUUUGUUGAUCUUUCUUGAGUGUCUGUCAAAUCCACAUUCAACAGUGAGCAGAUAUGCUACCGAUAAUUAGGUGACGAUCAAACUUUUCUUCCACUUUUGUCGCUGAACCUACAAGAAUUGUAACUUCUGGUGAAAUAUAUGAGACAAAGACUAUAUAUCUGAAGUGCAUCUACACCUCAAGCUCUCCCCUCUCCUCUUGUUGAUAAUUGGUUUGUUUAUAUGAAUUUCGAAAAUGUAAUUGAUCUCACAAGCUUGUAUAUUUUGUUCAACGUUUGUGUGGCUUGCUUGACAUUCAUCUUGUGAUGCACAUUGAGAUGAUACAUUUAUAUGUUUUUUCUUGAUUACUUGUACUUCACUCACAUUCAUCAGCUGUUCAAUUGCUGUGACAACUUCUAUGUAUUUUUUCCCAUUGA